CGGCGUCGUCGUUGAACGCAAACGCGGCCCGACGCGCUUCACGAAAGUUUAGAGUUUGUGUUAUGCUGAGCGAGCCGCGUCCUUUCAAAUAAUCACCAGCGUGUCCAUCUCGAUAGCUUGACCGUUAUACAUCUGUAUACUAUCUCUCUUUGUUCGUCAGUCAGUCCUUUUCCUUUAUCCUGUACAGUCAAUUGCCGUCAUGUCUGGAUCCACUUUCUUUACUACCAUGAAGCGCUCCUUUGCCGACGUCCCCGUCGCCGAUGGCAAAGUGAGUACCACUGAGUUUCUCGAGGCCGCCGAAUCCCUUGUCUCGUUAUUCGAUCUUUUGGGCUCAGCGGCAUUCAGCGUUGUGCAGAAGGAUAUGACUGGAAAUAUCAAGAAAAUCAGAGACCGACAGACCGCUCAACCCGCCGUCUCGGUAUCGCUCCAAGAUAUCGUGCUCUCCGAGAAAGUCGAGAAGAACAAGACUGCCACUCAGGGGCUGUUGUGGCUCACUCGCGGUCUGCAAUUCACUGCGGUUGCUUUACGGAAGAACAUUGACUCAGACGAGGAGCUCACUGAGAGUUUCACCAGCGCUUACAAUGAGACUUUGAUCAAGUUCCACAGUAUAGUCGUUCGCCCUAUCUUCAAGUUGGCCAUGAAAGCCACUCCUUAUAGAAAAGACUUUUACGCCAAGCUGGGCAGCGACUUUGCCGUCGUCAAGGAGCAGCUGCUAAUCUGGCUCGCUGCCCUUGAGAACAUCGUCAAGAUCAUCCAGGACUUUUACGCCUCUGGAAACUACGGCAAGGGCCUUUGAAUUAGACGUCUAAAGAAAGCUUUGUUUGGUUGAGGUUCAACUCGGUACGAUUGCUAGCAGGACUUUGUAGUUUCUUUUGAUUGCCGUUUUUGGAUGCCUUUAAUAGUAUAUACAAGACUCUCGCUA